CUUUUGUUAAGUUCAAACUUGAGCUCCACGAGUCCAGGGGCUCUUCUAUUUGCUGAUCACUCGUUUGGCUAAGCCUACAACGGAAAUGAGUCUUACUUCCUCAAUAACUCCCCUCUUUGCAACCACAAGAUUUUCAGCUAAAUCUUCCGCACUUCAUUUUCAAUUCGCCAUCUCCAACUCUUGUCGUUCAUCCAAUAUCGUCCUAUCCUUCUCUUCAUCAAGUUAUGGCUUUUGCUGCAGAGCAAUUCCUACAACUUCUACGCCCUCUCCUUAUGGAGCUCCAACUAAAGCCCAUCAACAUUGGAUGGUUCUCGUGGAACCUCCCCCUCAAGGCUUCACUUCGAGGUCUCAAAUCAUCAAUUACUAUGUCAAAACCCUAGAGAGAGUAUUGGGCAGUGAGAGAGACGCUCAAAUGUGUAUAUAUGCUUCUUCUUAUGAAGCAAAUUUUGGGUUUUACUGCGACAUUACUGAAGAGGAAGCUCAAAAGCUAGCAGGUUUACCCAAUGUAUUAUCAGUUAAGCACGAUCCCUGUUAUAACUCUAAUGAAAAGGAUUACAGUCUGCCAAGUUCUUUAUCAAACAUGGGUAGCUCAUUACUAUUCCCAAUUGGAACAUCUAAACGCUGGUGUGUCCGUACCAGCAGGCCAGCUGUUGAAGUCUCUGGAAAGGCACCAUUAGUUGACUAUUAUGUUCAGAUUCUAGCAGAAGUUCUUCGAAAUGAGAAGGAUGCUCAAAUGUGCUUGUAUCAUGUACUAUGGGGUUCUGAAUAUGGAUUUUGUUGUGAAUUAGAUGAAGAAUGUGCACAAGAGUUAGCAGCUGUACCGGGAAUUUUGUCUGUCCACCCAGAUGAUGAGUUUGUGUCAGAUAAGGAAGAUUACAAAGGUGGAAGCUCAAAGUAUAUUGAUGAUUCCAAAGAUUCUUCAACAUCAAAUGUUAAAACCAAGAAACUUUUUGUGACUGGUCUAUCAUUCUAUACAUCCGAGAAAACAUUGCGUGCAGCGUUUGAAGGGUAUGGGAAGCUUGUUGAAGUUAAAAUAAUCGUGGACAAGAUUUCCAAGAGGUCAAAAGGCUAUGGUUUUUUGGAGUACACAACAGAAGAGGCUGCAACUGCUGCUCUCAAUCAGAUGAAUGGCAGGAUUAUUAAUGGGUGGAUGAUCACGGUCGAUGUCGCAAAGAAGAAUCCGCCAAAAUAUAAUCGAGGGAGCUCGGGUCUAGUUAGCUGACAUUUUCCUAGCACUUUGGUUGUCUUGGCAUUCAGUUACCAGCAGUCAAAGAAACACUUUGGUUGUCUUCGGCUAGUUUACCGCAAAGAAAAAUGCAGUGUCUUAUAGUGUUGCAGCCAAAGAGCACUGGUGUACAGGUGUACUAUUGUACAACCACCAUACUAUGUUAUUUACUAUUGGGCCAAAUACCCAAAAAUGCCACUGAAUAUCCAACAGAAAAACCCGUGAUGACUUCCUAACGUUCAUCAUCAUCAAACAUCUAUCUUAUUUAAUCCUAGAUUAAUUUACAUAGUGUAUAAUGACCAUAAAAUUUAAAAAAAAAAAACACACAUUGAUCUUGGACAUGCCAGAUUACAAUGUACGUGAUGAGUUCCUA